AUUGGUGUGAGUGAACCUACUUCUGGCUCUGAUGUAGCAAAUAUUAAGACAACAGCUGUAAAGAAGGGAGAUGAUUAUGUCAUUAAUGGCGGGAAAAUGUGGAUAACAAACGGGAUGCAAGCUGAUUGGAUGUGCCUGUUAGCCAAUACUGGUGAUGGUCCUGUCCAUCAAAACAAGACUCUUAUAUGUCUUCCUAUGGAUACCAAAGGUGUUAUCAGGUCCCGUAGUAUCGAUAAGAUUGGGAUGUAUUGCUCAGAUACUGCUGAGAUUUUCUUUGAAGACGUUCGUGUUCCACAGAAAUAUAGAAUUGGAGAUGAGGGAAUGGGAUUCAUGUAUCAGAUGCUUCAAUUCCAGGAAGAAAGAAUCUUUGCCACAGCUGUUGCUUUAAAACCUAUGGAUAAAAUAAUUCAGGAUACAAUUGACUACACAAGACAGCGUAUGAUAUAUGGACAACCGCUACUUAACAACCAAGUUGUACAUUUCAAACUGGCAGAGAUGGAAACGGAAGUCGAAAUGUUGAGAGCGUUACUGUAUAGAACUGUAGGAUUGUACAUACAGGGAAAUGAUGUGACAAAGCUAGCAUCAAUGGGAAAACUAAAAGCUGGCCGACUGGGUAGACAAUUAAUGGACACCUGCUUGCAAUUCUGGGGUNGUAUGGGAUUUACAACUGAAGUACUUGUCAGUAGAUUCUAUAGAGAUUUCAGGUUAAUUUCCAUUGGAGGUGGCGCUGACGAGGUCAUGCUAUCCAUCAUAUGUAGAUACAUGGGAAUCCUUCCAUCUCCACCAAAAUUGAAGAAAUAA